CUAACUAUUGAAGAAUAAGAGCCCAAAAAAAUGGAAGACUGUCUUCACACGUCUUCAGAAAAUCUGUCCAAACUUGUUAGCUGGGCUCACAGUCAUGGAACCAUCUGCAGCCUCAUUCCAAACCUGAAGCACUUAUUGACUGAAGGGGCCCAUGGAAACCUCACUGCAAUGUGGGGUUGUGGUGCUGGCCAUGCUUACCAUUGGCCAUUGGCUGUUACUUGCAGGGCAGGUUCCCAGGACAGAGUGUGCUUUCAGGACAGUAGAAGUUUUAAUUCUGAGAGCCCCAGCAUAAUUGCAAUGUCGUCAGAGUCUCAACAAAACCCAGCAGAGAAAUAUCUUAAUAGACCCUCAAAAGGAAAGGCCGAAUGUCCCCGGACCAGGGAUUCCUGUGACUUUUCAUACAGUGAACAUUCUGAGAUUGACGAGAAUGUUGAAGAGUACGAUGAUGAAGGUGAUUUGUUUCAUAUGGCAUGCGAGUCUUCAGUGACGGAUGAGGAUAGUGACUAUGAUUCUCAGCUGCGGAACAACUCACUGAAAAGGCGGGAAGCUGGUCCUUCGCUUUUGCCAGAUUCACCAAACCACCAUGCUAAUGAGAACAGUAAUGAGGUGAUUGCUAAAAAGAUCAAGCAGGAGGGUCCUGAAGACUAUUACAUUGUGACAAAUGCAGAAAUUUCUAUGGACAACGAUAGUUCAUCUGUUGCAUUGAAGCCUGGGUCGAAGUCCGGAUCAAAGUCUGGUCCUGCUUCCUAUUUGGGUCCUACCAAAUCCUCAGCUCUCCUUCCUGCUGGCCACAUGCCAGAAAAGAUUGACUCGCAGGGUAUUUCUGUCAUUCCACCUGCCUCCACUCGGGUAGCGGGUACAAAAUCAGGACGGGGUUGCACGACUUCGCAGAAGAAGCUGAAUGGAGGUCAAGGAACUGGGCAGAAAUUAGUUCUUCAGAUGCCGGUCAGCACAUCAGGAGGAAACCAGCAGAUCAAUAUCCCACUCUCGGCCCUCCAGCUUCCUGGCCAAGAAGAGCAGAAUGCUUCUGAAGACAUAGGGGCACAGAUGGUGAAGACUGGGGCUUCCAGUGAGGUUUCCUUGUCUCCAUCUGUCAGUGCUGAACCUGAAGUCAGCUCCAGUCAGCAACAGUCGAAUGUGCCCCAAUCUCUGGUCAAAGAUGCCAGUGGCCAAUCAUCAGCAACAGAAAAUGAAGAAAGAGGCUGCGAAGGUCAACAGAAUGAGAAAACAGUGCGAAGCACCUUGACUGCAUUGAGAAAUUUCAAAGAGUUCCUCCUUUCCAAAUACCCACAUGAAAACCGGGAAAUCCAAAUUAUACCAUGCACCGAACUUGAUGCCUACCUAGCUUCAUUCUUUGUGGAUGCCAGGCAAAAAGAUGGCUCAGAGUACGAACCCAACAGUUUGGCCAACUAUCAGUGUGGACUUGAAAGGUACUUAAAGGAAUACAAAUAUGGGUUCAGUAUAACAAGGGAUAAGGAAUUCAGGCGCUCUCAAGAAGCACUGAAACAGAAGCAGCUUGAGCUGAGAGGCAAAGGGAAAGGGAACAAGCCUCACAAGUCAAUGAAACUCACCUUUGCUGAUGAGCUUAUUCUACGUAAACGAGGCUUGCUGAGUCGGUACAAUCCUGAGGGGCUGCUCAAUCUUGUGUGGCUAAACAACACUAAGGCAUUUGGGCAUUGUGCUGGUUUCCACAGUUCCACGCUGAAAUGGGGGGAUAUCAGGUUGCACGUAACAGAGACAGGCUUGGAGUACUUGGAGUGGGAAAUCAUAGACAGCUCCGAUGCACAAGGGAAGAGCCGGAGAGCAGGAACAGAGUGCAGAAUUUAUGCCACGCCACAUUCUCCACAGACAUGUCCAGUACAGGACUACAAGGAGUACGCUCAAAGACGCCCUCCAGCUAUGCGUUAUGAAGAUGCCCCCUUCUAUCUGUCCAUCAAGCCAGUCUGCAACCUGGCUGCACUUUACUGGUACAAUAGCCAAUCCCUUGGAAAGAAUAAACUCUCGAAAAUGGUUAAAACCAUGUGCGAAAAGGGGAAUAUUCCAGGGAGAAAGACUAACUUUAGUGUUUACCAGAGCUGCAGCUCUCUGUCUGAGGCACAAAGCAACCAGCUGGUACUAAUAUGCAACAAUCUCAGCCAGCAGGCUGCCCAAUCAAUGUCAGGUCUCAACAACACAAGCAAUUUCAUCAUCUCUGGUUCUUUUGACUCUUCUUCUGAUACAGCCUGAUGAAAUGUGUUUUGGGUUUUUAAAAUUAUUUUUAAUAUUCUCCAUGUUCUCACUUUUAUACAAUGUAAUUAUUCCUUAGCCACUGAAAGUUGAAGUUUUUAAAAGCAGCAUGUGAAAGGGCACAUUAAAACUCCCAACAAUCCAAUGUUCAGUUCAAUGAUUUUACGGCACACUCUCUUUAGAAACCUUUUCAAGUUGAUCGAUAGAUACCACAAAACAAAAUAUAGUUGUUGAAAUUCUAGAAGUCUGGAAACAGUGUUUAAAACAAACCCUGAUUUCAUUUCAACCUCUCCUUGUAACUGUUAAGAACUAUAGUUUUCCCACAGAACUUUUCAAAAUAUACGUUUUUUUUGUUCAUCUUCUGUAGCAAAAGGAUUUUCAUGUAUAGGUGCUCCGCAUUCUCACAGAGUGAGAGAAAUUCUGCCUUUUUCUCCUAUUCAUUUGUUUUUAAGUUGGCAAGAUGGGAAGUAAUAUUUUUGGACAAACCUGCUUGGAUCUUAAAGUGCAGAAACCUCUUUUCAUAGCUGCAGUAUUAACUCUUCCAUCCAGUAUUAAUUGUGUGCUAAUUUAAACUAUUUCUUCUCUGGGUAUCAUUGCCCUUCUAUCAUCUGUACAGUACUGCCAUAUACUUGUCAUGUUGCAUCCUUAACUGCAGAUAAUGGCAAUUACUGUCUUUCAUCUGCAUGUAAAUUCAGUGUGUUUGAGCAUCUUCCUUCCUUGGCUAAGCCAAGUUUUUUUUAUAAAUAUACCAAGGAGUGAGUAGUUGGUUCUUAGAUCUUCUAAGGAAUUGUUUCUCUAUUUUUCCCAACUGUUUUAAAAAAAGACAGUAAGGAAAAUACAACAAUUAGGAUUUAUUUUUUAUGAAUUGUAUCUAUACUUAAAUGUGUUUGGAGUUUGAAGACCUGUUAUCACGGGCCUGUAUAAUUCAUGUUGUACCCUGCUGGUCCAUUCAAAUUACUUUGAAUGGGAAACACUGAGGACAAAAUUGUUAACCUGGAUAAACACUGAAUUGUAUCAGACUGGUCUAAUUAUUCUGGUCGCCUGACAAUUGUACAGCACUCUGGCUAAAACCUUUAAGCUUGCAUCCUCCAGUUACUGAGCAUGUUGUCCUAAUACUGAGGGAAAAUAAUUACAGUCGUGAUUAACUCAUUGUGUUGCAAAUGCACAGUUUCUUAUCUGCUCAUGUUGUAUCUCGUUAGGCUCUAGUAUGCAUUAACAUUGCUUGUGGAAUUCUACUUUCAACUUGAUUUUGUAUUUUGAAAGUUACUUUUAUUGGUAUUUCAGAUUUUAUGUCGUCUUAUUUAUUUUAGUUUUUGUAGAUGACAGUUUGUAAUUAGAAUGUCUGUAUAUGACUGUUUGUACACAAGUGCUAAUAGUUGUUGGGAUGCCAUUUUAGAAACGUGCAUAAGCUAAAUUUGGUGUGAAAUUCAGUAAUGGAGGCUGUGUUCACACUAAGGAAGAAUUGCGUUGUGUAGCCCUCCUGUUUUAACGGUCUGUUUCCACGAAAUGCAUAUUAAGUAGAUUUCUGUGCAGGAUACUGUGUUACCUACUGUUGCGCUUUCUCUGGAGCAAGGCAAGUGUGGAUGUGGGGUGGGGUGUCGGGGGAGGGGGUGCUGUGUGAAGAAUGUGUGAGAAUGAAGGAGAAUGUGUAAAUAAGUUCGGCUCAAUUUGCCAGCCUGUUCCAGUUGAAAGGACGAGCAGUUCUAAAGCUGGAGGAAAGAAAAAGGUUGUCGAAAUUCUGUGCCUACAUGUGCAUGCACCUCUAAAUUAAUGGUUCAAAAAUUUUACUUUCUAUAAGAGAAAAGUAAAUUUUGAGUUUGUUAAACUGAGCUAUUGGCUCUUAUUCAAACAGAGUUUAUUGCUUUAACGAUAUGCAGAGAUAUAUUAACAAGGUGACUGUUAGGUACUUUAAAAAAAAUCAAAUGCUAAUAUAUAGAAAUUAAUUUGGCUAAUUUAACCCAUUGAGCAUCUGUGCACCAAAAUUUUAAUAAAACCAUGAGUAUUAUGUUUAAUGAGUAUUACAAAUGUGUGCAAAGUCAUGAUCCACAUCUUUCAGAUUUUUGCAGUGCACUUGCUGAAGCAUGUUCUACAAUGCGAUACAUGUAUCUUGAAGGGUCAGAGAGUUUUUUUCAGUGCUCGAAGGGUUAAAAUAACCUCUCAUCUUGGUUUGAGUCUUGAAGUCAAUCUGACAGGGGAUCUUAAUGGUUCUAGGUUUCAACCUUGGUUGAAAGUUCUUUAGAAUACUGUGAAACGUUAAAAUCACUGCCUGAAGUGUAGUAAUU